GCAGGUUUAUAAAAUUCGACACUCGCUGAACUUUGAACAAACGUCACGGAAGCUCUGGGUUUGUCGCUAAAUUUUCCUAUUUCACGAUGGCUAACCUAGUUCUAGAGACACUUCAACUACUUGCAACCUUAUUUCUACAUUAUGUAAUUGCGUUCGCACGCCUUUUUGUACCUGUUCCGCGAAAAUCUAUCCAAGAUGAAAUCGUCCUUAUCACGGGAGCUGGAAGCGGAAUUGGGAAAGGAAUGGCGAUUGAGUUCGCGAAAAUUGGGGCUAAAAUUGUCUGUGUGGAUAUCAACAAACAAGCGAAUGACCAGACAGUGGAGGUAAUUAAGAGUUUGAAUCAGAAAGCGUUCGGUUACAAGUGCGACUGUAGUAGUCGGGAAGAUAUCUACCGGGUUGCCGAUAUUGUGAAGAGAGAAGUUGGCGAAGUGACAAUCUUGGUAAAUAACGCAGGAAUCGUCAGCGGGAAAAAGUUUCUGGAUACCGAAGAUUGGAUGAUUCAGAAAACCAUGGAAGUCAACACGAUGGCCCACUUCUGGACUGUCAAGUCCUUCCUGCCAAGUAUGCUGGCCAAAAACCAUGGCCACGUGGUUAAUAUCGCAUCCUCAGCCGGUUUUUUUGGUGUCCCUGGAAUGUGUGAUUACUGUUCCUCUAAGUUUGGUGCUGUCGGCUUUGAUGAGUCCCUUAGAAUGGAGUUGUCCUCCUUAGGGAAAACUGGCGUGAAGACAACUGUUGUUUGCCCUUAUUACAUCAAUACUGGCAUGUUCGAUGGAGUGAAAACUAGGUUUCCAUUGUUGUUGCCAAUCCUCGACCCUGACUGGGUGGUGAAGGAGAUUGUGGAUGCUGUACUCAGGAACAAAGAAGUCCUCAUCCUGCCAAAGAUUCUUUCUUUCUUCCUUGUUAUAAAAUGGAUUAUUCCAAGCUCUUCGUAUGUACUUCUUGCUAAUUAUUUUGGCAUAAGCAACUCGAUGGAGAGUUUCCGCGGCCGUGCCAAGAAAGACUAGGUUGGAUUGGUCAGUACAUAACAAAGUUGCAAUAACUAAAGAAAAAUGUCAGAGGUCAGCCCUCUUAUAACCCAAAUGUACAAGGUUUGAAAGUCUUUCAAGUUCUAAUUGAAUAUAGAAAUGUUUAAAUAUAGAGUCAUUUUUUGAGUUCAGAGUUUAAUGCAGUUCCAAACAGGGUUCUCCUUUUUUUGGUAGCCUUGUAACAAAUAAUUUUACUACUGUUUCACUCCCUUAAAUAAAAAUGAAAUUGACAUAA